GGAAGCUCUAUUAUUUGCAGACGUUUCCGCGCCGGUUUGACUGCGCGACACUUAAUUGCCACCUGAAGACAAUUAAGGCAGCAGCUUGAGGAGCGAAGACAGUGUUGUUUUUUUUUUGGUGUCAACUUUGCUGCCGGUGGAUGUGGCGCCAUGGAGAUACAGGCAAGACUCCGAGCCACGCUGAUGUUAAUAUGGAUUUUUCAAGGUGACACCAAGGAGGUGGAGAUCCCCAGAGGAGAGAUGGAGGUGGUCAAGGGCCAGAUGGUGGUGUUACAUGCCUGGUACAGCCCAAUCUCAGACAUUUCCAAAAACUCUGUAGUUUGGCUCUUCACGGGAAAAGAAUCCAAGCAGGUGAUAAACUUUAGUGCAGGCGAAGUCGGGCGCGGCCAGAACGAGUUCACCAAAAGAGUGGGCUUCAGUGCUACGAUGCCCUCGGCCAACCUCUCCAUCUACAUCAACAACACCCAGGAGUCUGACUCUGGGCAGUACUUAUGCUCCGUCAUCAUCCCUGGCAGUUCUGGCAUUUUCGGACAGAUGCACCUAAAUGUCAAAGUCCCUCCUUCUCCCCCAGUGUGCACCAUGACAGGAAACCCAGUGGUGAAUGGCAACGUGACUCUGAGCUGUAAGUCCAGUCAUGGAAAACCCAUCCCUCAUUACAAAUGGACCAAGGCUGCACCCAUAUCUGAGGUCUUCUUCGCCCCAAUGCAGAAUGAGCGACACGGCACCCUCAGGCUGAGCAACCUCACUAAAAGCAUGUCGGGGAAGUACAUAUGCCGAGCCAGCAACACCGCCGGCUCCGACAGCUGCUCCAUUAACCUGGAGGUUAUCACCUCUUCCAAAGCAGGCAUGAUUGCAGCAGCUACACUGGGGUCGAUAGUGGGACUGGUCGCCAUGGUGCUCUUCCUCAUCUUCAUACUGAGAAGGAGAAGGGACUCCGAGGAGGAGAUGGCCAACGAGAUCAAGGAGGACGCUCAGGCCCCGAAGCGAGUGUCGUGGGCAAAGAGCAACACCGGCUCGGACAUCAUAUCCAAGAAUGGCACGCUGUCCUCCAUAGCCACCAGUCCGCAACCCCGAGACCCCCACCAGCCCAACUUCCACUACCCAUACUCCCCCAUAUCUGCUUCAGACACCGGCUCAGUGAUAAACGCCUACCAGCUGCGACCCGGAGAAGCCAACACGCUACAGGGACUACCCGGUUACAACACGGGAGGCACCCCGUCACGCAAACAAAAGCGACCCCCCAGCUCCAACGGGGCCCCUCCGCAGCUUCUGAGGAGCCCUGUGGUCGCCAUGCCCAACAGGACUGAGGGGGCUCAGCCUCAGGUGCCACCUCCACUCACUGUGUCCCCACAGAUCAGCUCCUCCACCCUGACACGCAUGGGGGCCGUAGCUGUGAUGGUGCCCGCUCAGAGCCAAGCAGGCUCGCUGGUGUAGACCAGGAGGAGGACAGUGGUUUAACAUGGAGGGAAAGUAUGCCUUGAUAUGGAAAGCACUUUCUCCACGAACACCUGAAACGUUGUGAGAGAAGACGACGUCUGGCAGGUCCCUUCGGUUUGCUCAUUUCAGUUUCUUUUUGUAAGAAAUAUAUUUUUAUCUCUUUGAAGAGAUUUUCAAAAUGAUAUCCAAUAGCGUUAUAAUUUUUAGGCAAUAUAAAUACAACUAUGAUCGCGAGGGAGUAGUUAGAACUUAAUACAGUGUGUCUGGAUACUGUAAAGCUAUAACAAGCAGUUUGCAGUUCUUGCAAAAUAUAAUGCUUUGGACAUUUGUAUAACAAAUAAACUAAACAUAUACACUUUUAUAUUUCCAUUUGUAUGGCUGUGUAAGGAUCACUUUUCAGUCACUUCUCUCAGGCUAACUGCACUAGUUCAAAAUCACAGUUCAGGUAUUUCGACUUUUAUUUUGUCGCUUUCUUUGAGCCCCUUCUGUUCACGUAAGUGUUUUAUUUAACCUACUGUAACAAUGUCAGUACGGUUCCAUGACAUCUGUGUCUGCUGAGAGAACAUUGCCUGUUAUGGUAGCUGGAAUGUAACCGAAAUAGUGUUGAAGUUAAUGGUUUAUUACUAUUGCGUUCAAAGGUGCUUUGUAUAACAUGAUAUAAUUACUGUUAACA